UUCUGGUCUGUGGUUCGUAAGCUGUGGGUUCGGCUAGAAAUUAAGAAAUUUUAAUGUGAAGCAGUUAACAUUAAAUUUAGAUUUCAGAGUGAUUCUGCUUUUGCUUCGAUACAAUACAUACUAAUUUUCGUGAAGUUUGUGGAUGUUUUCAACAAGCAGUUAAUCUAACCAAGUCUUCGUGGUAUUUUUAUUAUAGUUAAUUUACGUUGGUCCAGAUGGAUUUGGCGGGCGGAGCGGCGGUGGGCGCGGCGGCGGCGCCGGGCGGCUACCUGAGCGCGCCCGUGUACGACCUGCGGCAAGUGGGCGACGUGCACACGGGGCCGGGCGCCAAGUGGGCCACGCUGGCGGGGCUGCUGGGCGGCGGCGGCGCGCGCCUGGCGCCCGACGCGGCCGACGCGGUGGCGCGCGCCAAGAAGUACGCCAUGGAGCAGAGCAUCAAGAUGGUGCUCAUGAAGCAGACGCUGGCGCACCAGCAGCAGCAGAUGGCCUCGCAGCGCACGCAGGUGCAGCGGCAGCAGGCGCUGGCGCUCAUGUGCAGGGUGUACGUGGGCUCCAUCUCGUUCGAGCUGAAGGAGGACACCAUCCGGCAGGCCUUCCUGCCGUUCGGGCCCAUCAAGUCCAUCAACAUGUCGUGGGACCCGGUGACGCAGAAGCACAAGGGCUUCGCCUUCGUGGAGUACGAGAUCCCCGAGGCGGCGCAGCUGAGCCUGGAGCAGAUGAACGGCGUCAUGCUGGGCGGCCGCAACAUCAAGGUCGUGGGGCGGCCGUCCAACAUGCCGCAGGCGCAGGCCGUCAUCGACGAGAUCCAGGAGGAGGCCAAGCAGUACAACCGCAUCUACGUGGCCUCCAUCCACCCCGAGCUCACGGAGGACGACAUCAAGAACGUGUUCGAGGCCUUCGGCAGCAUCACGUACUGCAAGCUGGCGCACGGGGCCAGCCAGCACAAGCACAAGGGCUACGGCUUCAUCGAAUACGCCACGCUGGCCGCCGCGCUCGAGGCCAUCGCGUCCAUGAACCUGUUCGACCUGGGCGGCCAGUACCUGCGCGUGGGGCGCGCCAUCACGCCGCCCAACGCGCUGGCGGGCCCGCCGCAGGCCGGCGUCAUGCCCACGGCCGCCGCCGUGGCCGCCGCGGCCGCCACGGCCAAGAUCCAGGCCAUGGACGCCGUGGCCAGCAACGCCGUGGCGCUGGGCCUCACCAAGCUGUCCGCGCUGGGCGUGCCGCCCGCCGCCGCGCUGCCUUCGCUGGCGGCCGCGCUGCCGCUGCCCGUCACGCUGCCCGUCGCGCUGCCCGCGGCGCUGCCGGCCGCGCCGCCCGCCGCGCCGGCGCCCUCGCCGCUGCCGCCCGCCGCGCCGCCGGCGCCGGCCGUCCCGCCGCCGGGCGUGGUGAUCCCGGCGCCCGCGCGGCCGGAGAGCGCCGCGGCCGCCGCCGAGGGGCUGGGCCAGCAGGCCGCGCUGCAGCGCAAGCUGCUGGACAGCUCGCCGGACACGCUGCAGCAGCAGGAGUCGCUGAGCAUCUCGGGGCAGUCGGCGCGCCACCUGGUCAUGCAGCGCCUCAUGCGGCGCCGCGCCUCGCGCACGCUGCUGCUGCGCAACAUGGUGGCGGCGGCCGACGUGGACGAGGCGCUGCACCACGAGAUCCAGGAGGAGUGCUCCAAGUGGGGCCGCGUGGAGCGCCUCGUCAUCUACAACGAGCGCCAGAGCGAGGACGACGACCCCGCGCACGCCGACGUCAAGAUCUUCGUGCAGUUCGCGGACGCGGACGAGGCGGCGGCGGCGGCGGCCGCGCUGGCGGGCCGCUACUUCGGCGGACGCACCGUCAGCGCCGCGCUCUACGACCAGGACCUGUUCGACCACGGCGACCUGUCGGCGUAGCGCGACCGGCCCCGCUCUGCCGCGCCGACGACCGUUACUUAGUUACUGUAACAUACCAAUUUUUUAAUUAAAGAAGAAAAUCCAUGUUG